AGACAUUUUGUUGGUGAAAAUGUCACCCUCGCUGUGUUCGCAGCAGUGUUAAACUUGACCGUGGUACAGUUUAAUUCAGUAUACGCUUUCGAAGAGUAACCUCGAAAUGAAGUUCCUCUCUUCGGUUAUUGUUGUUUCUUUUUUCUGCGGUGUUCAACAAUUCGCACCGAUUUUAUGCGAUGGUACUUACAACGCCACCCCCGUUAGCAAUCCCUCUGGAGGCACUGGAACUGCUGAAGAUUGUGGAAUAAGUUGCACUAUAAGCAAUUUGUUUGAUUCAUUAUUUGGAAGUUCUGGUAAUGAUUAUUACGAAGGAAACGAAACUGGAAAUGGAACCGAUUACGAUUACUAUUACUACAACAGCGGCCCUGUCGACGAAGAAAUUAUCAUUAUACCGGUGACUGGAUCGGGAUCAGGGCUAACUAACGGCGAUUACAAUUACACUUCUUAUAGCGGGUUCAGCAGCAGCGGCAGCGCCACAGGAAAUAUGAGCCAGUCAGGAUGGAGUGGGAUAGGUAUACCUGGAUUAUUGCCCAGUACUUUGGGUACUUUGGGUAGUUUGGGUAGUUCAUCGGCGAAUGGUUCGAUUAUUUCUUUACCACCUCUCACAACCAUUGCAAACACAUCGUCACCGUCUGGUUCUUCAUCAUCAUCCAGCUCAGGAAGCACAUCAGGUUCUAGCAGCAGCUCUACCUUGGGAAGUGGAUCAAGUUCAGGAAGUAAUAGUGGCUCUACUUGGGGAAGUAGUUCGGGAAGUGGCUCUGGCUCGGGAAGUGGUUCUGGUUCAGGAAGUGGAUCUAGCUCGGGAAGUGGAUCUAGUUCAGGAAGUGGAUCUGGUUCAGGAAGUGGAUCUGGUUCGGGAAGCGGAUCUAGCUCGGGAAGUGGAUCUGGUUCGGGAAGUGGAUCUGGUUCAGGAAGUGGAUCUGGUUCAGGAAGUGGAUCCAGCUCAGGCAGUGGUUCCGGCUCGGGCAGUGGCUCUGGCUCAGGCAGUGGCUCUGGCUCAGGCAGUGGCUCCGGCUCGGGCAGUGGCUCCGGCUCAGGCAGCGGAUCCGGCUCAGGCAGUGGUUCCAGCUCAGGCAGUGGUUCUGGCUCAGGCAGUAGUUCCAGCUCAGGCAGUGGUUCCAGCUCAGGAAGUGGUUCCGGCUCAAGCAGUGGUUCCAGCUCAGGCAGUGGAUCCGGCUCAGGCAGUGGUUCCAGCUCAGGCAGUGGUUCUGGCUCAGGCAGUGGUUCUGGCUCAGGCAGUAGUUCCAGCUCAGGCAGUGGUUCCGGCUCAAGCAGUGGUUCCAGCUCAGGCAGUAAUUCCGGCGCAACCUGGACAGGAAGCGGAUCAGGUACAAGUUCUUCAGGAGGUGCAACAUCCACUUCAGCGCCAUCAACUUCAGCUCCAUCAACCAGCGCACCCGCUUCCAACACCACUACUUCUGGAACCUUUGCUUCAGGCAUCACUUUACCAGCACCCAUCAUCAGUACUACCGCCACUAGUGCUCCAUCUACCAGUGCACCAGCAUCCAGCAGUCCUUCAGCUCCAACAACUACGAUACCUGUUCCUACCACCGCUACUACAAAUGCUACUUCAUCUGUUCCCAUUCCGACAAACCCAGCCACUAUGAUGAACAGUGGCAAUGUUAUGUUUGGAACAGGAUCUAAGUAAAUUACAUUAAAUAAUGUAUCGUAAUUAAAAUCAUUUUGAUUCAGUUUACUUACGAUUAAAAUUAUCGAAUUUUCAAACAUUCUAAGAAAUUGAAAUGUGUAAGAAAAUUACCGCAAUCUCAGUAGAUAGGCCAAAAUGAUUUUUGAUCGACAGUGCUCGAUGGUUUUCAUUCCAUUAUACGAGUCAUUUUUUACACCUAACUGUUUGCUCUAACACGAGUAGGUAACUAGAUUUCAAGCUUACUUACACUCAGUUAGAUUUAAUUUUAUUCUAAGUUAGGUAUUUAAUUCACGUUAAAAUUCUAAUCCAGCAACAAAUAGGUUUAAAUAUUUUAUAAGUACAUACCUAAUAAUUCAGUGAUAGCGAUUUUAUAUAUUAAAAAUUAAAAUAUACGUUCGAAUUUGAA